CUUAUGAUGCCUCCUCCAUUUUUCCAAGUAAAAGAUCAAGUGAUGAGGCUUCUUUCACAGAGAAUUCUUUGACUAGUGACUCCCAGAGAACAAAACUAUCUGGUUACUCCCAGGAGGUUAAUGAUCACAAUAUAGUCUUAAAGGAGACCAAAGAUGCAUCUUACGGUGGAGAAAAAGAAAUGUUGGCGUCUCACUUUGCAAUUAAGGAGCAAGCCCUUCUCAAUCCAGGAUUAAACACAUCACAGGAAGGAGUAAUUUUUAAACAAGCAAGAGAAGAUCAAAGAGAAUAUCCCAAUAAUUUAAUUGAUUUUCUGGUUCCAUCCACUGCGAAGAUGUCUGAAAAUGUAGACCGUUUGUUGCAAAAAGGAAGAGAGGAUGAAACGACAUCAUCUGCAUUUAACGAUCUCUCAACACCACCUCCAGCAGUAGAUGUGUGCCCCCAUGAUGUUCUUUACAUCUCUGAUCUGGUGUCUUUCUCUUCCCGAUUCUGUGGCUCAAAUUCCAGACUUAACAAAACACUAGUGUUCGGUUCUCCUGUGGAAAUGAUUGAGGUCAUUAUGGAGUUGAUCACCACUACUGAUCGUGGCAGAGGUUUUGCGAUGCUCUUCUCCUACCAAAAUGACACUGUGGUGACUGCGUUGGGUAUGAACAGCAUAAUUGGUGAAGAAAGUGUGAUCCUACUGGCUGUCAUUGCUGCUAUGAUCUCAUUUGCUUUGGUACUAAUGCUAGUACUCUGCCUGUCCUACAGGCAGAAGAUAUGUCCCAAGAGAGCACAAGAACCUGACCUAGUAACACAACAUCCAGUAAGUAAUCAUUUUAUUUAUUUUCAGACUCCCUUCUACACCUCUCUAUCUCACAUCAAAGUACUCAUGAUGUUCAUGAUUGCAAAUGAAACAGGAAACAAUUCAAAGCCUUUGGAUCUUUUGUAA